GAUGAUGAUUCGGAUGAUGAUGAUGAUGAUGAUGAUUAUGAUGACUCGGAUGAAGAUGACGAUGAUGAUGAUGAUUCGGAUGAUGAUGAUGCUGAUGACGAAGAUGAUGUUGAUUCGGAGGAUAAUGAUGAUGAUGACGAUGAUGAUGAUUCGGAUAAUGAUGAUGAAAAUGAUGGUGAUGAUGAUGAUGAUCCGGAUGAUGAUGACGAAUCGGAUAGUGAUGACUCGGAUGAUGAUUGUGAUGAUGACGAUGUUGAAGAUGAUGAUGAUGAUGAUGACGAUAAUACCGAUGAUAAUGAUGAUAAUGAUGUGUCGGAUGAUCAUGAUGAUGAUUCGGAUAAUGAUGAUCACGAUGUUGACGAUGACGAUGGUGAUGACUUUUCGGAUGAAGAUGAUGAUGAUGAUGAUGAUGAUGACGAUGAUGAUGAUGUUGAUGAUGAUGUUGGUGGUAAUGAGGAUUCGGAUGAUGAUGAUUCGGAUGAUCGUGAUUCCGAUGAUGAUUAUGAUAAUGAUGAUGAUCAUGAUGAUUCGGAUGAUGAUGAUUCCGAUGAUGAUGAUGAUUAUGAUAAUGCUGAUGAUGAUGAUGAUUCGGAAGAUGAUGAUGAUGAUGAUGACUCGGAUGAUGAUGACGAUGAUGAUUAUGAUGAUGAUUGUGAUGAUGGCUCGGAUGACGGUGAUGUUGAUGAUGAUGAUGUUGAUGAUGGUGAGGAUGAUGGUGAUGGUGGCCACGACUCGGAUGAUGAUGGUGAUGAAGAUUCGGAUAGUGAUGAUCAUAAUGAUAAUGAGGAUGAUGAUGAUGAUGAUGAUUAUUAUAAUGAUGAUGAUGAUGAUGCUUAUGAUUUGGAUGACUCGGAUGAUGAUGACGUUGUUGAUGGCGAUUCGGAUGAUGAGGAUGAAGAUGACGAUGAUGAUGAAGAUUCGGAGAAUGGUGAUGAUAAUGAUGUUAUGAUGAUUCGGAUGAUGAUGAUGGUGAUGAUGACGAUGAUGAUGAUGACUCGGAUGAUGAUGAUGAUGAUUGUGAUGAUGACUCGGAUGAUGAUGAUGAUGAUGAUGAUGAUGAUGAUGAUGAUGAUGAUGAUGAUGACGAUAAUACCGAGGUUGAUGAUGAUGAUGAUGAUGAUGAUGAUGAUGAAUGAUGAUGAUGAUGAUGAUGAUGAUGAUGAAUCGGAUGAUGAUGAUGAUGAUGUUGAUGAUGUUGAGGAUAAUGAUGAUGAUGAUGUCUCGGAUGAUGAUGAUAAUGAUGAUUCGGAUAAUGAUGAUCACGAUGUUGACGAUGACGAUGAUGAUGAUUAUGAUGAUGAUGAUGAUGAUGAUGAUGAUGUUGAUGAUGAUGUUGACGAUGAUUCCGAUGAUGAUGAUGAUGACGAAGCCUGUGAUGAUGAUAUUGUUGACUCGGAUGAUUAUAAUGCUGAAGAUUUGGAUGAUGAUGUAGAUGAUGAUUAUUCGGAUGAUGACGAGUCGGAUGAUGAUGAUGAUGAUGAAUGUGACGAUGGCUCGGAUGACGGUGAUGUUGACGAUGAUGAUCGUGAUGAUGGUGAGGAUGAUGGUGAUGGUGGCCACGACUCGGAUGAUGAUGAUGAUGAAGAUUCGGAUAGUGAUGAUCAUGAUGAUAAUGAGGAUGAUGAUGAUGAUGAUGAUGACGAUUUUGAUGAUGAUGACUGGGAUGAUGAUGAUGAUGAAGAUGAUGAUGAUGUUGAUGACGAUAUUCGGAUGGUGAUGCUGAUGAUCAUAUUGAUGAUGACGAUGACGAUGGCGAUCAUUAUCACUCUUGAUGAUGAUGGUGGUGACGAUGAUGAUGAUGACACGAAUCACGAUGAUGCUGCUGAUGAUGUUGAUGUUUCGGAUGAUGAUAAUGAUGAUGAUGAUGACGAUGAUGAUCAUCACUCGAAUGAUGAUGAUCAUGAUGAUGAUGAUGAUGAUGAUGGCUCGGAUGUUGAUGAUGUUGGUGAUGUUUAUUCGGAUGAUGAUGAUGAUGAUGUUUCGGAGGAUGAUGAUGAUGACUAUGAUGAUGCCACGGAUGACGAUGAUGAUGAUUAUGAUGAUGAUGAUGAUGAUGAUGUUGAGGAUGAUGAAAAUAAUGAUGAUGAUGUUGAUUCGGACGAUGAUGAUGAUGAUGAUGAUGAUGAUGAUGAUGUUGUUGAUGAUGAUGAUGAUGAUGAUGUUGAUGAUGACUCGGAUGAUGAUGAUCCGGAUGAUGAUGAUGAUAAUGAUGAUGCUGAAGAUGAUACUGAUGAUGAUGACUCGGAUGAAGAUGAUCAUGAUGAUGAUAAUCAGGAUGGUGAUGAUGAUGACUCGGAUGAUGACGAUGAUGAUGAUGAUGAUGAUGAUGNGAACCAUGAUCAUGAAGAUGAAUCGGAUGAUGCUGCUUUUGUUGAAGAUUUGGAUGAUGAUGAUGAUGAUGAUUAUAAUGAUGUUGACUCGGGUGAUGACGAUCUUGAUGAUGAUGAUGUCUAUUAUGAGGAUUCGGAUGAUGAUGUUUCGGUUGAUGAUGAUUCGGAUGAUGCUGAUCAUGAUGAUAACUAUUACGAUGAUGAUGACAAUGACUAUGACGAUGAUGAUGAUGAUGAUUCGGAUGAUGAUGGUGAUGAUGGUGAUGCGGUUGAUGAUGAUGAUGAUGGUGAUGAUGAUUCGGAUGAUGAUGAAGAUGAUGACUCCGAAGAUGAGGAUGAGGAUGAUGAUGAUGAUGACUAUGAUGAUUAUGACGAUCAUGAUGAUGAUGAUGAUUCGGAUGAUGAUGGUGCUGAUGCUGAUGAGGUUGAUGAUGAUGAUGAUGAGGUUGAUGAUGUUUCGGUUGUAGAUGAUGAUGAUGAUCAUGAUCCUGAUGAUAUUGCUGAUAUCGAUGAUGGUGGUGAUGACUUGGAUGAUGAUAAUGAUGAUGAUGAUGAUGAUGAUGAUGAUGACGAUUCGGAUGACAAUGACUCGGAUAAGGAUGAUGACGAUGAUGACUCGGAUGAUUAUAUUGAUGAAGAUGAGGAUGAUGACGGUGAUGACGAUGAUGAUGAUGAUGACGAUGUUUCGGAAGAUGAUGGUGAUGAUGCUGGUGAUGAAGAAGAUGAUGAUUAUGAUGAUGAUGAUGAUGACGUUUCGGAUGAUGAUGACUCAUAUAAUGAUGAUGAUGAAGAUGACUCGGAUGAAUAUAUUGAUGGAGAUGAUGAUGAUGAUGAUGAUGAUGAUGAUGAUGAUGAUGAUGAUGAUGAUGACUCGGAUGAUGGUGAUGAUGAUGAAGACGAUGCUGACGGUGACGCGGAUGCUGAUGAUGACACGGCUGAUGGUGAAGAUGAUGUUGGUGAUGAUGAUGUUGAU